GCGCUGCUUUCUCUCUUCACUGGAAGAGUCCGAGCGCUUUUUUUACUCUCUACUGCGUGUGAUCAUCUUCAUCAUCUUCAUCAUCUUCAUCUUCAUCAUCUUCAUCAUCUUCAUCAUCUUCAUCCCCGACGUGCUCAGCGUCCCGCGGCUGUAGCGGCGCUUCCGCGGUGUCCCGGACUGUGUGACUGCGAGCUGCGGCUCUGAUCGGUGCAGCCAUGCUGCUGAUUGGCUGUGUCCUGUUGGCUGUGUGUUCAGCAGCGCCGCCUGCACACAUUAACCGCCUGGCGCUGUUCCCUGAUAAGAGCGCCUGGUGUGAGGCCAAGAACAUCACACAGAUAGUGGGGCACACGGGGUGUGUGUCUCAGUCCAUCCAAAACAGAGCGUGUUUGGGACAGUGUUUCAGUUAUAGUGUACCCAACACCUUCCCCCAGUCCACUGAGUCUCUGGUGCACUGUGACUCAUGCAUGCCUGCGCAGACGCAGUGGGAGGUGGUGACUCUGGACUGUCCUGGCAGUGUGGAGGCUCCGCGGGUGGAGAAGUUGGUGGAGAGGAUUCUGCACUGCAGCUGUCAGUCGUGUGGUAAGGAGCUCGGUCAGGAGGGGGCGCUGCUGCAGCUCUACAGCCCCGACAACACACUCGAUCCCGAUACACACAACACACACACCAACACACACAACACACACCUGCACGCCGACACACACAACUCUCACACAUCCGCACACGGGGACACACACACGCAGGGUGAGCCCACACACACACACACACAGCCGAGGGAGGAUGAACACUUACUUUAUCUGUAUUCCACUGCGCCUCACACACACACACACACUCUCUCUCUCUCGCUCUCUCUCUCUCUCUGUCUCUCUCUCUCACACACACACACACACACUCUCUCUCUCUCGCUCUCUCUCUCUCUCUGUCUCUCUCUCUCUCACACACACACACACACUCACUCACUCGCACACGCCAAUGUGUAAAAUAAAGCCUUGAGAUUCAUAAUGUUUAGUAAAUGUUGAACUCUGCUCAUCUGAGACGCUUUUUUCUUUCUUUUUUAAAUCUCUUUUCUCGUAAAUUUCUAUCUCUCUCUUCAUUCUUUUUCUUUUCAACUUUUCUACAAUGUUCCCUUUUCUAUUAUUUUCUCUUUUUCCUUUUCUGUCUGUUUUUUACUUUUUUAAAUUCCUCACUUUACCCCUGUCUUUUUUUGUAGUAAUCUUUGUCUAACAGUUCUUUACUGAUAUCCUUCCUUUCUUUCAGCUGCCGAGUUUAAAGCACUUUGUAAACAACUCUCUUUCUGCUCUACUGAUCACUCAUCCUUGCUCUCCGCAGGGUGAAAACACACACAGAUACACACACACACACACACACCCCUACACACACACUCCCCCACACACACACACUCUGGCUUGAUUACUGAAAUUAUAUGUCACCAGUGUACGUUUGUGUAAACACAAUAAACACUUUAAACACUG